AUGCGCAAAUCAGCGAAGCAACAUAUGCCAUCAGGACUCUGCGGCCCCAACCGACGACGGGAUAAUGAAGAGCUGAAACGCCAGUCGUCACUUCCGUUGGAGGCGCUAGUGAAUGUGAGUGUGGCUGUGCGCGUGCUGGACAGCGAAAUGUCGAAAACAGCAGGGGAAUCCCGUGGGUCCUCCUCGUCGCCAUCGUCAUCCAGAGGUGGGGCAAAAUCCAAAUCCAAAUCGUACAAACAGCAAUGCAAGCCGAUAGACGUUUCUAUCCUGGAGCCCACGACCGGACCGAUGCCAAAACACGUGACCGUCGCCGGUGAUUACGAUAAUGAUUUUCGUUUCAUUGGCAACAAACUGAAGCGCGAAGAAAUAUCGGAACUUCGCAGAGCACUUCGCAACGUGUAUUAUCUGGUGAUUGCACUUGUAUGCUGUGUGUUCGGGCUUUCGUUUUUCGCACUUAAUUACGUUAACGGUCGACUAGGUGAGAAAGCUCCGGUCAAAACUGGUCCACAGCCAGUGCUGAGUGAAACUAGGGUGGAGGACAUAGUGAACAAGUGCUUGAUAAAUAACAUCGAUAAAUUUAGCCAGGAUUUAAUAGCCCACGUACGAGGGACGGUCGAUUUCAGCUCGGUUUUGCCUUAUCUAGCUGCAGGCCAACAAGUGCAAAAUGAACGCAAAUCUAGCGGACAGCACGAGAUCAGAUUCAAAAGGGAUCUCGGUCUGUACGAUGACAACUUGGUGCCGGACCAGGAAGGUCCGAACGUGGAAUUUUUCAACCCGAAGCUGCGAACUGAGCUGGAGAAGAAGGACGCAGAAAUCAUUAGGAAGACGGGUUUGAAGGGCGCAGCUCCGGGAGGCGAUUCCUGGGUUUGGUUGACGAGCUACUCUCGAAUUCCGUUUGAUGCAAUCACCGGCUUCUGUCGGGCGACAAAAGAGUACUGUCCCCCGGGACCUCCUGGUCUCCCGGGUAUACCGGGUCCGAAGGGUAAUCGGGGCGACGUGGGUCUGCCAGGUCCCGCUGGAAUCGAUGGCCGCGAGGGAAAACCGGGUCCUCGCGGUCCCAAAGGAGAAAUUGGUUAUCCUGGUAAUCCAGGCUUAGACGGAAGGGACGGUGUCCCUGGGGAGCCCGGUCUUGAUGGUGUGCCAGGUCGUGCCGGUGCUGACGGUAUUCCCGGCCGAGACGGCAAGGAUGGAACGCCCGGUACAAAUGGACAAAACGGCAAUGAUGGAACGAAUGGUAUUCCUGGACCAAUGGGACCUCCUGGACCACCGGGAGAACCGGGACCGAGAGGUCUGCACGGGCCACGCGGCAAAUCGGGCCGGUCCGGGAUUAACGGUACUCCCGGAACACCUGGAAUCAAUGCAUGGAAGAUUAAGGUCAAUGAUACAUUCUCCAAUGAAUUGCUGGUGCCACCGACAAUCGCUGGCGCAGGCACACCGGAAGCACUGCGCCCGAUCGUGGUGCAGGAAGGCACGCAUCUGAGGCUACGAUGUGCUGCAACCGGAACGCCAAAGCCACAUGUUGAAUGGCGUCGUGAGGAUGGAAAAACGAUAUCCAAUGGAGCAUGGCAAGCAUCAUCAAUGGCCGGACACACUCUCAACAUUACCAAAAUCAAUCGGGUGCACAUGGGAGCUUAUCAGUGUUUGGCAGACAACGGCAUUCCACCCCCAGCAAACCAGACGUUCAACAUUGAAGUUCAUUUCCCACCCCUAGUACGAGUACGGAAUCAAAUGGUUUACGCCACGAAUGGCUCAACGGCUACGUUCGAAUGUGAGGUGGAAGCAUUUCCGGAAGCACUGAAGUACUGGGAGCGCGUACCUGGAGGUCGCCUGCUGGAGCCCGGCGACAAAUACCAGAUGGAAACACACAAUGACGGGUACAAAUCGAUAAUGCGGUUAAACAUAACCAACAUCCGGCUGGCAGACUUCGGCGAGUACCAUUGUAUUGCCAAGAACGAGCUCGGCAUCACCCAGGCAGAGUUUCACCUAAUGGAACAUUCACCGUACAUCAUUCACAGACCGGGAGGCAUGGGCGAUCCGCAGGAAUAUGGCAAACAGCCGCCGAAGGUUGAAUCGUACGAGGAAAUCUGUGGUCCGCCGACCACGUGCCCGGAGUGUCCUGAUCCAAGAGACUUCAAAUGCAAAGAUACUAUUGUUUCGUUGUACGAUCUGGUGGGAAAUCUGGAGAUCAAGCAAACUGGUAAUGUUAGCUACCCUGGAUUGGGAAACCGAACAACAGAUUGCGUAUUGUAUGCAGUUGGAAAGCCGGUCUACCACAAGUACACCGAUCAAAACUACGGAGCCUGGCUGAAGGACGCUGCGUCCAGGAAUGAUGCUAUAGAGAAAAAAAUCUGGGCAACGCGGGAAAACGACACGAGCCGGUUGUUCGAGUUUGCCAAUAAAACCACCUACCGGAAUAACGUCGCUACGAAAACCUAUCGACUGGAUAAACCGUUUAGGGGUAAUGCUCAUGUUGUGUACAAUGGAUCAUUCUACUACAACGAGCGAAAUUCACCACGGAUCGUCAAAUAUGACCUUAACUCCGAGCGACAGACAGCGGUCAAAGAGAUCGAAGGUGUAACGACGAAUGGCUCAAAUUAUCUCUACACGACCGAGUUCAACUAUAUGGACUUCAACGUCGAUGACAACGGCCUCUGGGUUAUCUACAGUACACCGGAAUCCAACAACACUAUCGUUGCCAAGCUGAACGAGUACAACCUGGAUAUCCAGUACAGCUGGAACAUUAGCGUUAACCAUCACAAGGUUGGUGAAAUGUUCAUCGUAUGCGGUGUCCUCUACGCCAUUGACUCCGUAACCGAGCGCAACACGAAGAUUAGACUGGCACUGGAUUUGUAUCACAGCAAAUUGCUCGACGUUAGUCUGACGUUUACGAAUCCCUUCCGAAAGACGACAACCGUCGGCUACAAUCCGAAAAAUAGGGAACUGUAUACCUGGGAUCGCGGCAAUCAGCUUACCUACCCCAUCCGGUAUCACGUAACCGAUUACAACAUUACUGCCGCCGAAAAGGCGGACGACGCUCUCAAUCCGCAGAUGCAAACGGGAUACGAUAUUUUUCACGAUCAUGAUAGCGACAACGAUGGCGGUCGUUAGAAGUUGGGUAGCGCUGUAAAGUUUUUUGUUUUUUUUUUUCACAGUGCAAAAUUUAAUAUGUGUGUUCGUGUACAGCAUUGCGAAAGCUUAGUAGUAAACAGAUAACAAAAAUAUCAAUUGUAUUUCCUGUAAAACCAAAGAAGUUUGAGAAUAAAAUAUCUGUACUAUUUUUAGUCAUAAGGUUGAAAUAAAAUGUUUU